AUGGGGAUAAUAAUAGUCUCUUCCUUCCAGAGAGGAGCUGAGAAGUCUCUGCCCGGAGGCCUUGUGGGGCGCUUCACCCCCGAGGGGGACUCUCACCCUCCUGCAGGGGAUAUUCACCCUCCUGGCCUUGCUUUCUUUCUUCUCUGUAGCGCCAUCUUGUUGUCCUCCAACCUUUACAGAACUGAGAAGGGAAAGAAGCCCGAGGAGGCUGCAGCGGUGGGAAUGAUCUCCGGCUUCCUGCCCUCCCACCCUGGGGAGUCAGUGACAUUCAAGGAUGUGGCUGUGGACUUCACCCAGGAGGAAUGGAGACAGCUGGACCCUGCUCAGAGGGCCUUGUACAGGGAGGUGAUGCUGGAGAACUAUGAGAACCUGGUCUCCCUGGGGCUCCCGGUGUCCAAACCAGAUGUGAUCUGCCAGUUGGAGAGAGGUCAGGUACCGUGGACUCGAGAGGGAGAAGCCUCAAGAGGCAUUUCAGAUUCCCUUUGUUGUUAUGCUAAGUGUGAAAUCCAGGGAUCACCUCUAACACAUGGCAUUCAAAUGGGAGCUUCAUUACAACAACGACCACCAAAAGAUGGUUCUGGGUAUUCCAAGAGAGGAAAAUCUGGAGAGUGGAAUGUCAAAUUACAGAGACACAAAGCCAGACAGGAGAAACAAUUCAGACAAGUGACAGUCACUCACAGAAAAGCUUUUAGUAAGGUGAGUGUUCCCGAAUGUAAUACAUUUGGAAGAAGUUUCAGUGUGGGAUCCAUCUUUGUUUUACAUCCUACAGGAAAAAGCCUUCAUAAACAUGAUGCCCUGGGAAAGAACAUAAAGCUCUUUUCAGAGCUCAUGAAACGGAAUAGGAUCUCCUUAGGGAGUAAACUUUACAAGUAUAAUAAAUGCAGGAAGCCCUUUACUUACCAUUCAGAUCUCAUUCAGUUUCGGAGGCUCCAUCCUGGAGAAAAACUGUAUGAAUGUAACGAAUGUGGGAAAACCUUCAGCAGAAGAUCAUAUCUUACUCAGCACCAGAGCAUCCAUACUGGAGAGAAGCCCCACAAGUGCAGUGCAUGUGGGAAAGCCUUCAGUCGGUGGGGAAGUCUUACAGAACACAAGAGGAUUCAUACUGGAGAGAAGCCCUAUCAGUGUAAUGAGUGUGGGAAAGCCUUCAGUCAGAGGGGUCACCUGAUUAAACACCAGAGGAUUCACACCGGGGAGAAACCUUUUCAAUGUAAUGAAUGUGGCAAAGCCUUUACCCAGAGAGGGCAUCUUAUUGACCAUCAGAGAACUCACACUGGAGAGAAGCCCUAUCAGUGUGGUGAAUGUGGGAAAGCCUUCAGCACAUGUUCUUCCUUUAUCAAGCACAAGAGAAUUCACAUUCAAAGGAUUCAUACAGCAUCAAAGCCCUUUGAGUGUAAUGACUGUGGGAAAACAUUUAGUCAGAGGGGAAACCUUAAUAAACACAGGAGGAUUCACACUGGAGAAAAACCCUUUGCAUGUAAUGAAUGCGGGAGAGCCUUCAGCCAGAGUGGACACCUUACUGAACAUAAGAGAAUUCAUACUGGAGAAAAACCCUAUCAGUGUAAUGAAUGUGGGAAAGCCUUUCGGCAAAACUCAAACCUUACUCUCCACCAGAGAAUUCACACUGGAGAAAAACCCUUCAAGUGUAAUGAAUGUGGGAAAACCUUUAGCCAUAGGACAUCGCUUAUUUAUCAUCAGAGGAUCCAUUCUGGAGAGAAACCCUAUGAAUGUAAUGAAUGUGGGAAGGCAUUCAACCAGAGAGGAAAACUAACUGAACAUCAGAGGAUUCAUACUGGAGAGAAACCUUUUGAAUGUAAGGAAUGUGGGAAAGCCUUUAGCCACAGAGGGAACUUUACAGAACACAAAAGAAUUCACACUGGAGAGAAACCAUUUGUGUGUAAUGAAUGUGGAAAAGCCUUCAGCCACUGGUCAUCUUCAAUUUAUCAUCAGAGAAUUCAUAAUGGAGACAAACAACAUAAAAAUAUCAAACGUGGAAAAGCCUUCAGUCAGAGGGAACAUCCUAUUACAUAGCAAAAAAUUCACACUGGGGAGAAAUUUCUCACAUUUAAUU